GCGAGCAUGGAGGCCGUGGCCAGGCUUGAGGCGAGGUUGCUGCUGCUGCGGGAGGAGUGGUUCCAUAGGAAGAGAUCUCUGGAUGAAGAAAGAAAAAUAGAGUACAAAGCUGCUAUCAAAAUCCAGAGCUGGUUUCGAGGAUGCAGAGUCCGAGCCUAUCUGAGAUAUCUGAACCAAAUGGUGAUUAUUAUACAGAGGUGGUGGAGAGGAUAUCUAGGCAGAAAACACUUCAGAAGAAUGGUGAAGACAGCAUAUUUUAUGAUGAAGAUGAAUUUCUACAAUGAAAUGGCUGUCAGGAUUCAGAAAAGAUGGCGAGGCUAUUAUGUUCGGAAAUAUAUCCAUAAUUAUUAUGCACUGAAGAAAUACCUGGAAGCCAUUUCUGUGAAUAACGAGAUUGUCAGGAGUGAACUCCAGAAGUACACGGAAAUGAUGGAAAAUGAAGAGAAAAGGAAAGACCUGGAAAAGAAAGAAAAGGAAAAGAAAUACCAAGCCCGAAAGAUGCAUUACCUCCUUAGCACUGAGCAGAUUCCAGGCAUCUACAAUUCACCCUUCAGAAAAUCCCCAGAUCCAAUGGAGCUGCUGCUGCGGAAGUCAAAGCCACUCAGCCACAGACGGCAGCAAACGAAGAGUCCUUUUACCUCUGAGCUCUAUGACUGGCCAACUUGUAAAAGGCCUCCGACUUUCUCCACAGGACAGCCCCUGCCAGCUAUCAGGAGAGAGAAACCUCAGGGUCCUUUCCGUGAUACUAGUGAAGUAUUUUGGCAGCGCCACAAGCCUUUGGAACCAACUUUGCACAUGGCAGCAUUCGUCGAUUCACCACUAGACAAGGCCAGAGAGGAAAUGAAAAAGGAGGAUUGGGGAAACUGUAUACAUGACAAAGAAUUUCUGCCAUUUUCUUCAUAUAGCAAAGAUAAGAAGUAUGACCCAUUAAUUCAUGGGUCAGGCAAAUAUGGCCAAGAAGCAUACGGAACUAAACACUUCCGAGAAGAAAAUCCUAAGAAGUGGGUAGCAGACAAGGACUUUCAGAGAGUGUUACCAUCAGUUGUUCUCUUUGAAAAGUAUGGAAAAACUUACUCCAGUACCGGGCAAAUAGUGUAAUUGUCCUGUGAACUGUGCAAUAUGACACCUAAUGAGUGAUCAAUAAAUACGUGUUCAGC